AUGGGAACCUACACGUUCAAGUGGCCCAACGCUGGCGAGAGCGUCUUUGUGACAGGCACCUUUGACGAGUGGAAAAAGACGGUCCAGUUGGACAAGGUUGGCGACCAUUUCGAAAAGACAGUGACGCUCCCAGAGUCCGCUGAAAAGAUUUACUACAAGUUUGUCGUAGACGGCGAGUGGACUGUAAACCAGGCUGCCCCGAAAGAGAACGACGCGAGCGGCAUCGAGAACAACGUACUCACCCCCGAGGACAUCAUCAAGAGCGCACCGGCAGAGACCGCCAUCAUCAGCUCCGUCGCCCCUGAAGCAACCACCGUUGCGUUAGCCGCAGACGCUCCUUUGGAAAAGAAGGAGGACGAAGAACCCGCAGCCGAAACAGAAGGAGAGAUGUCCAAGGAUUCCAAGGACUCGCCCGUCCCAGGCGCUUUCCCCGAGACGCCAGCAGCUGACUUGGAUAAGGAGAUCAAGAUUGACCCACUCCCUGCUUCUGACGGCGCCGUAAACCCCAUCAAGCUUGCACCUGGUGAGAAGGUCCCCGAAGAGUUUAAGAACGCCGAUAUCAACACCAACGUCAAGCUUGAUCCCGAGUCAUACGAGAAGGCCGACACUCUUCCCGGCGUCUCCACUAUCCUGCCUGCUGUCAGCAGCACCAUGAUUCCCGAGUCAAGCUUGCCUAUCGCCGCCGCAAACGACGUCACUGUCAGCUCGGUUGGCCCCGAGUCAACAACCGUUGCCUUGGCUGCCGAGGUGCCACUGGAGCCCAAGGUCCCCGCAAUCGUUAAGGAGAGCCAGGAGAAGGCUGGUGUCGAUGCUGAGGCCAGCGCCGUCAGCGAAGAGAUCAAGGAGAAGACCGAGGUAGAAGCUGAACUCCUGAGCAAGGUACCUGAGGCCCCUUCGACCUCUGAGGGAACCGCCGGCAAGGGGACCGAGAAGUCUGAGGCGGAUAAGACACUUGCCGAAACUGCGGCUGCUACCGCAGCCGGUGUUGUGACUGCUGCCAUCGCUGCCAAGGAUAGCGCAGUCGAGCAGGCCACAGCAGCCGCUGCGCAAUUGCCCGACUCGGUCAAGCAGAACCUUCCUGCCUCGGUGCAGAGCGCAAUUGCGCCGGCGACUCAGGAAGUUGUGCGACAGGAAGUUUCUCCCGAGGUCCCUGCCGAGGUCAAGGAAUCCAUCAAGGAUGCCGGUGAAAGCCCGGAGGCGGCUGCAAACACGGCGGCCGUUGAGGAGAAGAAAAAGAUAGAGGCUGAGCUGCUCAAGGAGGUUACGCCGGCGCCCGCCGUUGGGGAAGAGUCGAAGAAGGUUGAGGAGAAAGCCGAGGAGAAGACUGAGGAGAAAGCCGAGGAGAAGGCUGUUGAGAAGACGAACAAGGCUGAAGAGGAGGCCAAGCCUGCGACCAAUGGCUCUUCGGAGCCAACUACCAAAGUCGUCAAGGAGCCUGAACCCACAGCAACCAAGGCUCCAGAGACGCCAACCAAGAAGGCUGAGACCCCGAGCACAGCCGCCUCUGGUGACAGCCCGGCGACAGCCGAGAAGAAGAAGAAGAACCGGUUCAGCACCAUGAUUAGCAAAGUCAAGAGCAAGCUGUCCAGCAAAGAUUCCAAGUGA